AUGAUGUCUUAUUGUUAUACUAUUAUUUAUUUAAGCAUUUCAGUCCUUUAAUCUAAAAAAGAAAGUCUCAAAGCAAGAAUGGAAAAGAAAUCAAGUCGAAAAUUCAUUUUUCUUAAAAUUUAAUAGGAAGAUCAAUAAUAAUAAGUAUAAAAUAAUAGAGCGAUCAUUAAAUCUAAUUUAAAGGGUGUAUAUAUUCAAUAAAUAAGUUGGAUAGAUUUUGCUUAUUUUAAAUAAACCGCUCCCAGUUUCAAAAGAUCAAAUAGAAGAAGUAUAAGAUCUAAUCAAAAAAUUAGAUUUAGAAAUUAAUUCAAUUGUUACUGAAUUCAUAUUUCCUACUACUAAAGAAUUCAUUAAACUUAUGUCAUUUAAGAUUUAUUUGGAGAAGGAUGUUUAGGUUUAGUGA